GGUUAUGUCAUGUAUGUUUUGCCGUGUAGUGUAUUUCUGUCUUUAUCGUUAAUUCGUUACAAAACGUUUUUUAAAAAUGGAAUUCGACCUGCCAGAGGGCGAGUUAUUCGAACUAUCAGAGCUGUAUCCGGGGGAUGAUGGUGACAGUGAGGACGACUUGGAAAAAGAUCUAGAGGAGGUUGAUGGAUUCUCCCAAGAUGACAUCGAGGAUUAUGGCGAGCGUGAGGAUGACGUGGAAGUUGAAGGCGAGCAACCCCAGGUGGCGUCGCCGAACGACCGCCUCCUCAAUUCGCUGAAAGAGGAGUACGGCGACACCAUCUUUUACAACACAAAGGAAGAGAACGACGUAAUUCUCCACUGCGAGGAUUUGGAGCUGCAAAAGCUGCUAAUCAAAAAUCGCGUACGUGCGAAGCAAUUGCGAAUGCUGCACGGGAAACUAUCGGGCAUACUGAGGGCGUGCGUCGAUAACGUCCGCCUCCACGAGGAUUCCCACAAAAUCCAACAUCUCGGCAUCCCGAAGACGGACGUGUGGAAACUCGGGACGCCGUACUUCAAAGACAGGGACUUUUUCGCGUCGCCCGAGAACCGAGACGCGGUGAAGAAACGACAGAAUAAGGAGUUCUCGUUUAUCAACUUCAAACGCGGUCGUCACUGGCACGACGAGCAUCAGAUCCUGCUGCAGAGCACGAUCGAACGACUGCACUGGACCGACUGUUACGAGGAUUUGCGGCACAAGGUCAGAAUUUGCAAGGUGAAGUCAAAGUUCGACGACGAAAACGUCGCAAUUAAGGAGGAGCUUCGCGGCUAUGAAAACGAACUGAACGAAAUGGAGUCCAUGCCCGUCAAGUAUAAAACGCCUCCGAUUUUGUACGAGAAUAUUAAUUGGUAUAAGGUCGCCGAUGCUUUCAAAGGAGCUCGAACGCCGAACGAAUGCAAAGCCUUGUGGAACAUCUACCUCCAUCCCCAGAUAAACAAGAAGCUAUGGACGGCCGAAGAGAGCGUUCAAAUAAAGGGGCUGGUGAAACAGUACAACUGUCAAAAUUGGGACGCAAUCGCCCGCGAACUCGGAACGAACCGAUCCGGCUACCUCGUGUUUCUCAACUAUUUCACGAACUUGUGGAGCAAAUUCAAAACGGACCGCUUUACGGAGGAGGAGGACGCGCGCAUCCUGAACCUGGUCGACAAGUAUCGCGUCGGCUCGUUUAUACCGUGGCGAAUAAUCUCGACCGAUUUUCGCGACCGUUCGAAGGGGCAGAUUUAUCAUCGGUACAAGUAUUAUUUGUCGUCGAUUCACAGGCGGGGUCCGUUCAGUGAGGCCGAGGACGCGUUGCUGUUGCACUUAGUUUCGAAGUACGGCGAGGAUUUUCGUAAGUGCGCGCAGUUUCUUCCGCAUAGGACGUGCGUGCAAAUUCGCAAUCGGUACCGGAAUUCACUUUGCGGCAACGUACAGGUAAACAGAGGGAACUUUACUGUCCACGAGGAUAAGGCGAUCUUGGAUCAUGUAAAGAGACAUGGGCGGAACGACUGGCUACUAGUAGCCAACAGAAUAGGAAGGAACACUUCACACGUACGCCAUCGACACAGUUACCUUCAGCGAUUUUUAAGUCACCCAGGUCGCACCUUGGAGAACAUGCAGAGACGCAGCCACGAGUUGCUCUACCGCCACAACUUCCAUCGUGACCAUCGCAUACGUACAAUAGUAGACAGACUCAAAAAUUAUGAGGUGGUCAGUCUGCGUUUAAUUGAAGAUCUCCUUGCAAGAAUCGCCCUUCCAACGUCGAUCCAAGAUAAUCCCUGGGAUAAUAAGCCGAAAUCUACCUUUUACGAUCGUCAAAUUAUCAAAUUUCUCAAAGGCACCUGUAAGGUCCAACGCGAGUAUAAAUCGUACAGAGAUUCGGAUGUGGCCGAUUCCCGACAGCGGAUUAUAAAACUGUUACCGUCGCUCUUCGCCUCCCCUCGCAUGCUGGAAGGUGUCAAUCUUGACGAAGUGUUCGAUCGUGAACGCGACAUGCUCGCCACUAUAACGCGAGCAGAAAUCGAUAGCGUUCAGAUACCUUCGUCGUCGAAAUACGUCAUACCCCCCACUUUGAACACAAUUCUCGGCCUACGAGGACUUCUAGUCAAGUAUCAAAUUUACAAAGAGUCGGCGGACGAACUACCGAAAGCGCCCGUAGAAACCGAGUUCGCCGACGAGCACGCGCUGUUUUCUAGUCGACUGUACGCCCUACUUAAAUGGCCCAGUAUUCUCUCUCAAUUUUUCGCCGAGCAAUUGCAAGCGGACGAACCGAAGCACGUGCCGGACCACUUGAAGCCGAAGAGGACCGUCGGCCGGCCGCGGAAGAUGUUCGAAAAAUCGAAGAAGAGCGCCGAUGUUACUCUCGUACUGCCCCGCGACGGGAAGCGAUCCGCUUCCAAAAAACCGAAAGAAAAAACGCAGACGCUCGCCUACAAGCGUAUGAAGUUGGACGAGUGCGUUGACGGAGACGCGAAAUAUUUGAGAAUGAAACUGCGCAGCAAAGAGGCCGAAUGCCAAAAUGGAACUUCGGAUUGCGAAGUCGUGGAGGUUCACAAUAGUUUAUCGGUUGAUGUUUCCAAUCUUGCUGGUAAUAAGCAGGCGUUGUUGGUGGAUAGUAGCGUAAUUCAAAAGUUAGGUUCCUGUAAUAAAAAUAUUGUGAUUUUAGCCAAGGAUGAUGUGGUCAUAAAGAAAGUGUGAGCGUAAUUUGGUGAUAAUAAAAUAUUUACGUUUCGAA